GACAGCGAUUCGCACUUAUGGAAGAAAAGUGCAUUCUGGCAUUGCUGAUGCGGAAUUUGAAAGUGAAAUCGAAAUUGCGCACCGAUCAGAUGCGUGUGUCCGCUGAACUUGUGAUUCGACCAUUGUUUGGCAAUAACAUACGAUUUGAACCGCGAAAAUUCGGGGAUUAUGUGCAAAUUGAAUAG